CACGCUCUCGUUCUCGGGUCCUCCUCUCCGGUUCUCUCAUGGCGUCUCGCGCUGCGUGACUCGCGACCCGUUCCGCGCGGAGCGGCGCUUCGGUUCAGCUCCGUCUCCGGUGAAACGGCGCGGAGCCGCGGGGCCGCAGAGCGGGAGGUCGUGGCUGCUGUGCGUGUCUGUGGUGGUCUUGCUCUCAGGGGGCUGUCAGUCCGGCAGGGGCGUUCAGCGCGGUUCAGUUCAGCGUGUGGAGCUCGAGCGGAGCGGCUCUGCGUUCAGAGGCGUUUUUCACAGGGAACGAACUCCACAUCGCCUCGCGCAGCAAGUUGGACACCCAUCUGUUGAGUGUCGUUUAAGUUCAGUCCUGGACUUUUUCAUGGUUUGUUUGCUGUGUGGUCGGAGAAAAAAUGGACAUGUCGAGCGACCUUAGCAGCUUUAAUGUUUUUUCCCCAAAAUUUGGUUUCGUUGUUUUUGCGAAGUAACGUUAACGUUGCAGCAGCGUUAGCUUAGCUCACAACUUUGGAGCUACUGCUAGCUGGUUAGCCUUUCAGCGACCAGAGCUCGUCGUAAUCGGCCCAGAUGUAACUCGGCCACAGACUGGGGUAGAUUUCGACGUCGUUUUGAGAGCUAGCUUGCUUGCUUGAGCUAGCGGAGUGUUUUCUUCCGUUCGGAGUUGUUCGUAAAUGACCACCGGCAGGAAUAACCGAGUCAUGAUGGAAGGAGUGGGAGCCAGAGUCAUCCGCGGACCGGACUGGAAGUGGGGGAAGCAGGACGGCGGAGAGGGCCAUGUGGGCACCGUGAGGAGUUUUGAAAGCCCCGAAGAGGUGGUGGUGGUCUGGGACAACGGCACCGCCGCAAAUUACCGCUGCUCCGGGGCUUACGACGUGCGGAUCCUCGAUAGUGCGCCCACAGGUAUCAAGCAUGAUGGCACCAUGUGCGACACCUGUCGGCAGCAGCCGAUCAUUGGCAUUCGCUGGAAGUGUGCAGAGUGCACCAACUAUGACCUGUGUACCACCUGUUACCAUGGCGACAAACACCAUCUGCGGCACAGGUUCUACCGUAUUACUACACCGGGCAGUGAAAGGGUGCUUUUGGAGUCUCGACGCAAAUCAAAGAAGAUCACAGCCCGUGGCAUCUUUGCUGGAGGCCGAGUGGUGCGGGGAGUGGAUUGGCAGUGGGAGGACCAGGAUGGGGGCAACGGCAGGAGGGGAAAGGUGACGGAGAUACAGGACUGGAGUGCAGCCAGCCCCCACAGUGCAGCCUACGUCCUCUGGGACAACGGGGCCAAGAACCUUUACCGAGUUGGCUUUGAGGGCAUGUCAGACUUGAAAUGUGUGCAAGAUGCUAAAGGGGGCACGUUCUACAGAGACCACUGUCCAGUGUUGGGUGAGCAGAAUGGGAACCGGAACCCAGGUGGCCUGCAGAUCGGAGACCUGGUCAACAUCGACCUGGACCUGGAGAUCGUUCAGUCUCUGCAGCAUGGCCAUGGAGGCUGGACUGACGGAAUGUUCGAGACGCUCACCACCACCGGCACUGUGUGCGGCAUUGAUGAGGACCACGACAUUGUUGUCCAGUAUCCCAGCGGCAACAGGUGGACGUUCAACCCUGCAGUACUGACAAAAGCCAACGUGGCGCGCAGCGGGGAGGUGGCGGCUGGUGCAGAGGGAGGGAGUUCUCAGUUCAUGGUUGGAGACCUGGUCCAGAUCUGCUACGAUAUUGACCGCAUCAAACUGCUGCAGAGGGGCCACGGGGAAUGGGCUGAAGCCAUGCUUCCGACUCUGGGUAAAGUGGGCAGAGUGCAGCAGAUCUAUUCUGACAGUGACCUGAAAGUGGAGGUGUGCGGCACUUCCUGGACCUACAACCCAGCUGCUGUCACCAAAGUGGCCCCUGCUGGCUCUGCUGUUACCAAUGCCUCUGGAGAGCGCCUGUCUCAGCUGCUGAAGAAGCUGUUUGAGACUCAGGAGUCUGGAGAUAUUAACGAGGAGCUGGUGAAGGCAGCAGCCAAUGGAGACCUGGCUAAAGUGGAGGACAUCUUGAAGAGACCGGAUGUGGACGUGAACGGUCAGUGUGCUGGACACACAGCCAUGCAGGCGGCCAGCCAGAACGGCCACGUGGACGUGCUGAAAUUACUGCUGAAACACAAUGUGGACCUGGAGGCCGAGGAUAAAGAUGGAGACAGAGCAGUCCAUCAUGCUGCAUUUGGAGACGAGGGGUCUGUCAUUGAGGUGCUGCACCGAGGCGGCGCCGACCUGAAUGCCAGAAACAAGCGGCGACAGACACCGCUGCACAUUGCUGUCAACAAGGGCCACCUCCAGGUGGUGAAGACCUUGCUCGACUUCGGCUGCCACCCCAGCCUUCAGGACUCAGAAGGAGACACACCUCUGCAUGAUGCCAUCAGCAAGAAGAGGGAUGACAUGCUGUCGGUUUUGCUGGAGGCUGGUGCUGACGUCACCAUCACCAAUAACAAUGGCUUCAAUGCCCUACAUCACGCUGCGCUCCGGGGGAACCCCAGUGCCAUGCGUGUGCUGUUGUCUAAACUGCCCAGGCCCUGGAUAGUGGAUGAGAAGAAGGAUGAUGGAUACACUGCCCUUCACCUGGCCGCUCUGAACAAUCACGUGGAGGUGGCUGAACUUCUAGUCCACCAGGGAAGUGCCAGUCUUGACAUACAGAAUGUAAACCAGCAGACGGCGUUGCACUUGGCCGUGGAGCGGCAGCACACACAGAUUGUGCGGCUGCUGGUGAGAGCUGAGGCUAAGCUGGAUGUGCAGGACAAGGAUGGGGACACGCCGCUGCACGAGGCCCUGCGUCACCACACGCUGUCCCAGCUACGGCAGCUCCAGGACAUGCAGGACGUCAGCAAGGUGGAACCCUGGGAGCCCUCAAAGAACACGCUGAUCAUGGGACUGGGAACUCAAGGAGCAGAGAAGAAGAGUGCCGCCUCCAUCGCCUGUUUCUUGGCCGCCAAUGGAGCCGACCUCACCAUCCGCAACAAGAAAGGCCAGUCUCCCCUGGACUUGUGCCCUGACCCCAGUCUCUGCAAGGCAUUGGCCAAGUGUCACAAAGAGAAGACCAGUGGUCAGGUGGGCUCCCGUAGCCCAUCACUAAACAGCAACAAUGAGACACUGGAGGAGUGCAUGGUUUGCUCAGAUAUGAAGAGGGACACACUGUUCGGUCCCUGCGGCCACAUCGCCACCUGCUCUCUCUGCUCACCGCGGGUCAAGAAGUGUCUCAUCUGUAAAGAACAGGUCCAGUCCAGGACCAAGAUCGAGGAAUGUGUGGUGUGCUCGGACAAGAAAGCGGCCGUCCUCUUCCAGCCCUGCGGUCACAUGUGCGCGUGUGAGAACUGCGCUAGCCUGAUGAAGAAGUGUGUGCAGUGUCGGGCGGUGGUGGAGCGGCGCACGCCUUUCGUCUUGUGCUGUGGAGGGAAAGCAGGGGGCUCUAACUCAGUGGCAGGGGGGUCGCAGGAUCUUCUCCAGCCCAACAAUCUGGCGCUAAGUUGGUCCAGUGGAAAUAUUCCUGCUCUGCAGAGGGACAAGGACAACACUAAUGUCAACGCAGAUGUGCAGAAGCUUCAGCAGCAGCUGCAGGACAUCAAAGAGCAGACCAUGUGCCCGGUGUGUCUGGAUCGGCUGAAGAACAUGAUCUUCAUGUGCGGCCACGGCACAUGCCAGCUGUGCGGUGACCGCAUGAGCGAGUGCCCCAUCUGCCGGAAGGCGAUCGAGCGGCGGAUCCUGCUCUACUAGAGCUCUGGCUCCGUCACCUCAUCGCUCUUCAUCCACAGUACCGGCCCCCACAUCUUGCAAAGCUUUCUGUGGCUCACUUUAAGCUAAGAGUCAUCAGUGUUAUGUUAACUCUUUCUCUUUAUUAUUUUUGUUGAUUUUUAAUUUCCUUUUACCCAACCUGGACUCAAAUGUAUUCAAUGCCUCAAGGUUAAAUAUUCUGUUUUGUUUUUUCUUUUAUUCACUAAUUUUUUGGGGAAACCAUUUCUUGUUAUGCUCUCUUUUUACUGCCGAGGGCUUUUGGCUUUUCUCAGAUCUUAGAGAUGGUCAGGAGCUACGACCACUCUACUAGUUUUAUGAUCUCAAACGACGUUUUUUCCUACUAAAUCUUUUUGCUGGGACAUGAAUUUGAUCACAUCAACACGUUUCCCUGUAUAAAAACAGAACAACCAAAACGCGCACAUACCCGUUGUCUUCUGAGUUGAUGGACAAGGGAAUUGUCUGCUGUUAUCGACUGUGCGAUAUAGAUACAAAACAGAGAGAUUAGAAUGAAAAACACUGGAGUGUUUCUUUAAAGGGGAAUUCCAGUGAUUUUUUUUUUUUUCCCCCUAAAUGUUCUCCGUAAUUCAAUCUUUUAGAUAUAAACAAAAUAAUUCAGUGAUUUCAUGUGAAAUGGUGCGUCAUAGAGAAACUUUCUGACCCUCUAGAGAUUCCUCUGCAGUGGUGGUGAUAGUGGUGGUGCAGUGUGUACAGCACCCAUACAGACACAUUUAUUUGCUUUCAGAAGUAUCUUCUCAUUGUUGAUGGUGGUAAAAUCUGAAAAAAGUUUCCUUUGUGGACUAUUUUGCCUCACAACUCCCCGCAUGUACCCCUUCGACAUGAAUGGUUUUAAAAAUGUAUUUUAGAGCAGAACUGUCUCAGCCAUCAGGCAACGUAUUUAUAACCAUUUCAUGGGGUAACGGGAACUUCUACAGUGGCAGAUUUUUACAUCAAACCACUUCGAAUGACUUUGUUUAAAUCUUAACCAUUUAAUCAUCCAGAGAUUUAAAAAUAAUCUGUAGAACACUACAAAGUUUUGGAGAGCCAGGCCCAGCGCAAGGGUUAAUUUCAUGCCAGUUCUUUCUAUACAACUUCUAAUGAGCAUCUGUAUGGCCUUUCUUAUUGUCAGCCCUCAUUUGCAAGCCUCAAACGACUUGCCACUUUUUCUACAUUUUUCUUCUAAUGUAUUGUACUAUAUGGCCUGCUGCAAGCACAUCUGUAGCUGCAGUGUCAGUGAUCAGUGAGUGUUCAGCCAGCGUGGUGACGGUAAAGAAACGUCUUAAACACUAAAACCCUCCACUUUGUCAAAACUGCCUGAGACCCAUACGCUGCCAUUUAGAGUUUGGACUUUUGUAGUAUCUACAUUAAAUGAAAUCCCCUCUUUUUUUCUUUUCCCAAGCCAUGAUUUAAAAAUCAUGCGUGAAACUAGAAUAUAUCGCAAAACAACAUGUAACAUUGACAUCCAUUCUCUUGCAUGUGAUAGUUAGUCUACAUACCAGCUGUACUACAGUAUACAUACUGAGUAUUAUUGUCACAUAUUUGGUGGAAGUACUAAGGAUGGAAGAUCAAGGCCGGUCAAUACAGCUUAUCCUCAUUGUCUUAAAAUGGAAGUCCUGCUGUUUUUGUGGCUGUGUUACGAGGCGUUGAUGGAAGAGUCUGCUAAUAACCAUUGAUUUGUGUUGUUCCAAAAAAAUAUUAAACUAGUUUCUGGGGAUAAGGUGCUGUUUUACCUUUUUACUGUCUUUAUUUAUGUUUUUCAUCUUUUUAAUUCAAAAAUAGACUGAACUAGGGUGUACAAUCUAAUAUAAAGCCAAGAAGAGGUAUAAGAAUUUUUUUCUAUGGUUACCAGCAGGUAGGAAACUAGGUUUUUACAAUAGCUUUUCUUUUACUCGUCUUACCUUUUGUCACAAGGAAAAACAAGUUUGUAGCCUGAGAACUAUUUACCAAAACACUGUAUCGUUCUGCGCUUGUAGUUCACGCCUUUAGAAGAUUGGGAUCACAGUUCUGUUCAGCUAUAACUUCCAUCUUGUUUACCAACAGUGUUUCAAAUCAUGCUGAGUCUUUAAAGAAGUCGAAAAUAAAGAGGUUCUGUGUAGUCUCUGUAAUCCUGUGGAGCCGUUUCCACGUCAGCAGAAUCUGUAUCGAGAUGGCAUGUUCCAUCUUCCAGCUUAUCACUCUUUUUGUUUGUUUUUGUUUGUUUUGUUUUUUAAAGAUGGACAAGAAAAAAAGUAACUUCAUACUUUUGCCUUUUUAAGAUUUUGUAUCAUUUUCAGUGAUCAUGUUAACAUUCAAUGCUUAGAUGCACUAAUGUACUUUAAUGGUAGUAUUGUGUUGUAUUGUCAUGGUUACUUAAAGGCCUAUUUUGUAUCUUAUUUUCACUACAUAAAGACUUGCAGAUUUAAAGGUUUCAUUCUUUUUUUUCUUUUUUUUUGGCAUGGAUGUUUGAUGUAUGCAGUACAUUUAUCAUGGAAAACAGCUGUUCACUAUGUAUUGCAAAGUGCUUUUGAGAAGAAAUGCAUUGCUGAAUAAAGAUCUAAUGGAACCACACAGUGA